GUGAAGUUGAUAGGGAUGGCCCGGGCCAAAAGGCUAAGCCGGCGAUUGGGAGCAGAGAUGGCGCCUGCAGCUUCGCUGAUUUGUGCCCGCCUGCCUUGGGGGAAACUGCGGCUGCCCGCGCUCUUCGCCUCACGGCGGGGCUAUUCGACGAUGCCUGUGGAUGACACGAUAAACGGGCUGAGUGAAGAGCAAAAACAGCUUCGACAGACCAUGUUCAAAUUCUUUCAGCAACAUUUAGCCCCCAAGGCUAAAGAAAUUGAUCAGACCAAUGAGUUCAAGGACCUUCGAGAAUUCUGGAAGCAACUGGGAAACCUCGGCGUAUUGGGCAUUACAGCCCCUGCUCAGUAUGGUGGCUCAGGCCUGGGCUAUCUGGACCAUGUGCUAGUAAUGGAGGAGAUGUCCCGAGCCUCUGCAGCUGUGGGGCUCAGUUAUGGAGCCCAUUCCAAUCUCUGUAUCAAUCAGCUUGUACGAAAUGGAAAUGAAUCCCAGAAGGAGAAAUAUCUCCCUAAGCUCAUCAGUGGAGAACACAUUGGAGCCUUGGCGAUGAGUGAGCCUAAUGCUGGUUCUGAUGUUGUGUCCAUGAAGCUGAAAGCUGAAAAGAAAGGAGAUUACUAUAUCCUGAAUGGCACAAAGUUUUGGAUCACCAACGGACCAGAUGCUGACAUUCUUAUUGUCUAUGCCAAGACAGAUGUAUCUGCUAUGCCGGUUUCUCGGGGCAUCACAGCCUUCAUUGUGGAGAAGGACAUGCCUGGAUUUAGCACAUCCCAGAAACUAGACAAGCUGGGAAUGAGGGGCUCUAAUACCUGUGAGCUGAUCUUUGAAAACUGCAAGGUCCCUGUCUCCAAUGUUCUGGGUCACCUGAAUAAGGGUGUCUAUGUACUGAUGAGUGGACUGGACUUGGAGCGGUUAGUGCUGUCUGGUGGCCCCCUGGGGAUCAUGCAAGCCGUCCUGGAUCACACCAUCCCCUACCUGCAUGUGAGGGAAGCCUUUGGCCAAAAGAUCGGCCAUUUUCAACUGAUGCAGGGGAAAAUGGCAGACAUGUACACCCGCCUCACAACCAGUCGGCAAUAUACCUAUAAUGUUGCCAAAGCUUGUGAUGAGGGCCGUCACACUCCCAAGGACUGUGCAGGUGUGAUCCUUUAUGCAGCGGAGUCAGCCACACAAGUGGCUCUGGACGGCAUCCAGUGCCUAGGUGGCAAUGGAUACAUUAAUGACUUCCCUAUGGGACGCUUUCUUCGAGACGCCAAGCUAUAUGAAAUUGGGGCUGGGACCAGUGAGAUUCGGAGGCUGGUCAUUGGCCGGGCUUUCAACGAGGCUUUCAAAUAGCGCCUAGAAGUCUGUGGCCCUCCCCGGCAGAGCAGCCAAACGACCCUUCUGUGGAAGCUUUUCUGUGCCCCAGAGCAGCAGGAGGCCAGCCCUGCCACCGUCUGCCUAGCCAGCUGGACUUCAACACGGGGCAGAUUCACCAAGGAGCGCGAGACCGUGGCAGCAGGCCUGCCCAGACCACCUCAACCCAGCUUUUGUGGUCAGCCUCUGCCAGAGUGUUUGCCCGGGCCCUGCGCCGGUGCUGCUGGCAGAGGGGAUCGAGCUUCCCUGGGGCAGACAUACUUCCCCUGCUGCCUGGGAGAAGGUCUCCUCUCCGCUAGUGGAGGGGGCUCACCUCUCUCUAUCUGAGGAACAGCGUGUGAGUGUGCCAAUGGUCGCUUAGUUUUCUUGGUUUUCUCCUUUUUUAAAAAACUGCUGUUUGUCUUCUCAGUCCUUUUGCACCUUCUCCUAAGCACCUGCAGGCACUCCAGCCAGAUUUUCUCUAUGGUGUCUCUCUGUAAUCGGAAGUCAACAUGUUCUCUCUUAUUUAACUAAAAAUGUAAGAUGACGUAAUGAUCAGUCACAUAAAUUCUUCCUGGAAAUUGUUACAGA